UUUCCCCGGUCGCAAACCAUUGAGGUGUUUAUCGUCAAUUCGCAUCCCGGAGAAGCUCGACCGGAAGCACCGCGAAGGCUUGACAACAAAUUGAAGAAUGAAAUUGGGUGAUGAAAAGGGUGUUUAAAUAGAAGUGAGAAGCACUGGCGGAGCAAUAACUGUCGAAUUAAAACUACCUCUACGCUCCUUUGUCCUCCACUCUCCGUCUCACUCUCGUUCUCGUCACUCCCCUCUCCCUGCUAGGGUUUCUCUAUGUUGGAGAAGAGAGGUUUUGAGUUCUGUGAUCUUCACGGUGUAAUGCUCGGACUUUUCGCCUGAUCGGAGUGAGAUUUUCUGGGAAUCGGUGGCGUGUGAUACGAUGUCUUAUCAAUCGAAGAAGCUGAUCAACGAUCCCAAUGACGUCGUGACCGAGUGCAUUGAGGGCAUGGUGGAGACUUAUCCUCACCUGCAGUACCUGGAUGGCUUCCCAAAUAUUAAGGUUGUUUUGCGUGCUGAUGUCUUAGGAUCCACAUAUGACAAGGUUGCAGUUAUCUCUGGGGGUGGUAGUGGCCAUGAACCUGCUUGUGCUGGAUAUGUUGGCGAGGGCAUGCUCACAGCUGCUGUCUGUGGAGAUGUUUUCACCUCUCCCAAUGUUGAUUCCAUAUUAGCUGCAAUUCGAGCUGUCACUGGUCCUAAUGGUUGCCUUCUGAUAGUCACGAAUUAUACUGGUGAUCGACUUAACUUUGGUCUAGCAGCUGAGGAAGCAAAAUCUGAAGGCUAUAAUGUGGAGAUGGUUAUUGUUGGAGAUGAUUGUGCUUUACCACCACCUCGAGGAGUUGCUGGUCGGAGAGGUUUAGCUGGGACCAUUCUUGUUCACAAGAUUGCUGGGGCAGCUGCAGCUGCUGGUCUUUCCCUGGCUGAUGUGGCUGCGGAAGCAAAACAUGCAUCUGAAAUAGUGGGAACAAUGGGAGUUGCCUUCUCAGUUUGCACAUUGCCAGGCCAUGUCACAUCUGACCGGCUAGGUCCAGGAUUGAUGGAGCUUGGACUAGGAAUUCAUGGGGAACCUGGUGCUGCUGUUGCUGAUCUCCAGCCUGCUGAUAUAGUGGUCUCCCAUAUGUUGAAGCAAAUCUUAUCAACGGAAACAAAGUAUGUGCCAAUUACAAGGGGAAACAGAGUGGUCCUGAUGAUUAAUGGCUUAGGUGCAACUCCUGUCAUGGAACUCAUGAUUGCUGCUGGAAAGGCUGUUCCACAACUGCAAUUGGAGCAUGGGCUAGCUGUUGACAGAGUGUAUACUGGAUCAUUCAUGACAUCACUUGAUAUGGCAGGAUUCUCUAUUUCGAUUAUGAGGGCAGACAGAGUUAUUUUGCAGCGCCUAGAUGCCCCAACUAAAGCUCCAUUCUGGCCUGUUAGUGUUGAAGGAGACCGCCCACCUGCUAAAAUACCCAUUCCAAUACGGCCAUCCCGGAUGGAAACAAAUGAGGAGUUGUUUGCCAAACCACAAGAGCUCAGUGAACAGGGUUGCAUUCUAGAAGCUGCUAUCAGAGCCGCUGCAAAUGAAAUAAUCAAUCUAAGGGAAAAAUUAAAUGAAUGGGAUAGUAAAGUUGGUGAUGGAGAUUGUGGAUCUACUAUGUUUAGAGGUGCCACGGCAAUUUUGGAGGAUAUGGAGAAAUGUUACCCUCUGAAUGAUGCUGCACAAACCGUAAAGGAGAUUGGGACGUCAAUUAGGAGGGUGAUGGGAGGAACAAGUGGGAUCCUAUAUGAGAUAUUGUGCAAAGCUGCCUAUGCAAGCUUAAAAGUAUGUCCUGUGAUUACAUCUAAGGAAUGGGCUAAUGCUCUCGAGGCAGCCAUUGCUGCGGUAAUCAAAUAUGGUGGAGCUGUUUCUGGGUAUCGCACGAUGCUGGAUGCACUUAUUCCAGCUUCGUCUAUCCUAAAAGAGCGGCUGGAAGCAGGCGUUGAUCCUGAAAGUGCUUUUGUGAUAUCAGCUGAAGCUGCGUGGCAUGGUGCUGAAUCAACCAAAAACAUGCAGGCCCAAGCUGGUCGGUCAUCAUAUGUGUCAGCAGAAAUGCUUGCUUUAGUUCCUGAUCCAGGAGCCAUGGCCGUGGCAACAUGGUACAAAGCAGCAGCAUUUGCAGUCAAAGAUGUGGCCAUCAAACAUCUAAAGGAUGAACCGUCUUGACACGUCCGAAACUUGAAAAAUCUACGCACCUUAUCGAUGAGUUACUUCACAAUUUUUACGACAUCAACACAUUUUGUUUUCCGCUUUUGUCCGGUGGCAAUGAGCUGAGAAAGCGUGUUUUGAAUGAGUUAUUUCUUUUUUAGCCUGAUGCUUUUUGUAAGACUCUAGAUAACUCCUGCAACAUUUUCAUAUUUUUUGGGCGCGAUCUAUUGCUUUAAAGUCA